CACCCGCCGCUUCCAACCGGAGGGGCCCGGGGCCGAGGCUGGCCAAUCGGGGGCCUCGGUGGGCGGGGCGGCCGAGCCCGUCAGAUUUGGCGGUCUGGCUUCAACAUGGCCGCAGCGCGCAGCGUCAACGCAGAGAGCGGCCGUGAGGAAAAGGGGCCUGAGGGGUCGUGUUCGGAAUCAGUGCCCCCCGGCGCCACCAUCCCGAGGGUGAAGCUCCUCGACACGCUGGUGGAUACUUUCCUCCAGAAGCUGGUCGCCGCCGGGAGCUUCCAGAGAUUCACGGACUGUUAUGAGCGCCUCUACCAGGUGCAGCCUGGGAUGACACAGCGAGUCUAUGACAAGUUCGUCACCCAGCUGCAGACAUCUGUCCGGGAGGAAAUCUCUGAGAUCAAAGCGGAGGGGAACCUGGAAGCGGUCUUGAACUCCUUGGACAAGAUCGUACAAGAAGGCAAAGACCGCACGGAGCCGGCCUGGCGCCCCAGCGGGAUCCCGGAAGAAGACGUGCGCAGCGCCCUGAUGCCCUACUUCCUGCAGCAGCGGGACGCCCUGCAGCGCCGUGUGCACAGACAGGAGGCCGAGAACAGGCAGCUGGCCGAGGCCGUCCUGGCCGGGCGGGGGCGGGUGCAGGAGCUGCAGCGUCAGGGCAAGGCGCGGCAGCAGGCCUGGCAGGCCCUGCACAGAGAACAGAAGGAGCUGGUGGGUGUGCUGGGGGAGCCCGAGUGAGGAGGUGGCGGCCGGACCGGGGCAGUCGAGCUCGAGGGCCUGGGCGAGCUGCCUCUGACAACCACUGAAAUCAUGCCCAGUCCCUGAGCGGGGAUGGAAUGAGCUGCAGGAUGAGGCCUGACCGUCCCUCCUGCUUUGGGGCUCCCUUGGGGUCACACACACAGCCCCUCACCCCUUUCAGACCCUUCCCUGUUUUCUUCCAACUUGAGGACUGUUGGCCAGCUCCCGUGCUGGGAAUCAGGCACCGGGCUCUCUGUCCUCCAGGUCGGGGCCAACCGGCCGCCCCGCCUGUUCCUGAGCGCCCCCGGACCUGGCUCGGGGAGUCUGUGUUCGGUCUGCCCCAAUUGCCCCCUUGCCAGUCGGCCCGAGGGACCGUGCCAUGUUCUCCCCACAUCCAUAAAUAAACUUCCUCCACUGUAA